AUGGACUUCACGUGCUCGUCCGACGACGACUGUCCCGGCGAAAAGAAGUGCACCGAGUUGGAGAACGGCGAGAAGGUGUGUCUCUCCGACGACGAAAAGGAAGUUCUGGAAGACGUAGUCAAGGAUGCCGUGUGCAUCGACGCCGCCGCCUUGCAGCACCUGCAGACGCACGAGCUCGUCUACUCUCGCCACGUCUCCAGCCGCGUUCUGUGCGACGCCUUUGGAAGCUGCGCUACACAGGGACAUAUUGUGAGAUACGCUGGGAAGGCGAUGAUGAUGAAGAACUACUGCCGGAUUGUCGAGUGCGAGGAGCGUAUCAUCAAGGUAAACAGCCCGAGAUAUAGCAUCGGUAUGCGCGUGCCGUCCAAGACCGACGGCCUUGAGUACACGUCGUUCGCCGCGCGGUACGAGUCCGUGGUGGAGGAGGCCGCCAUUGCAGCUGCCGUCCGCAUGGGUUUGUAA